AUGGCUUCGGAGGGCACAGAAAGAGUCCUCAAUGGUGGAUCCUGGUUUUGUUGUUUCCUCCAGAGUACAUUUUUAUACCUGAAAUUUCUGGUAGUGUGGGCACUUGUCCUCCUGGCAGAUUUUGUCCUGGAGUUCAGAUUUGAAUACCUGUGGCCGUUUUGGCUUUUCAUCAGAAGCGUCUAUGAUUCCUUCAGAUACCAGGGACUGGCCUUCUCAGUGUUUUUUGUUUGUGUAGCAUUCACGUCAAAUAUCAUAUGUCUGCUGUUCAUCCCCAUACAAUGGCUUUUUUUUGCUGCUAGCACAUAUGUAUGGGUUCAGUACGUAUGGCACACAGAAAGAGGAGUGUGUUUGCCCACAGUGUCCCUCUGGAUUCUCUUUGUUUAUAUUGAAGCAGCAAUUAGAUUUAAAGAUCUCAAAAAUUUUCAUGUAGACCUUUGUCGUCCAUUUGCUGCUCACUGUAUUGGGUACCCUGUGGUGACUUUGGGCUUUGGCUUCAAAAGUUAUGUAAGCUACAAAAUGCGGUUAAGGAAGCAAAAGGAAGUACAAAAAGAGAACGAAUUUUACAUGCAGCUUCUUCAACAAGCCCUACCCCCAGAGCAGCAGAUGCUACAGAAGCAAGACAAAGAGUCUGAGGAAGCUGCCAAAGGAUUACCUGAUAUGGAUUCCUCCAUCCUUAUACACCACAACGGAGGCAUCCCAGCCAACAAAAAACUCUCCACAACUUUGCCAGAGAUAGAAUACCGAGAAAAAGGGAAAGAAAAGGACAAGGAUGCCAAAAAACACAACCUUGGAAUAAAUAACAACAAUAUUCUACAACCUGUAGACUCUAAAAUACAAGAAAUUGAGUAUAUGGAAAAUCAUAUCAACAGUAAAAGGUUAAAUAAUGAUCUUGUGGGAAGUACAGAAAACCUCUUGAAAGAGGACUCAUGCACUGCUUCCUCAAAAAAUUACAAAAAUGCCAGUGGAGUUGUGAACUCCUCACCUCGAAGUCACAGCGCCACAAAUGGGAGCAUUCCUUCUUCAUCUAGUAAAAAUGAGAAGAAGCAGAAAUGCAGUAGCAAGAGCCCAACUACACACAAAGACUUAAUGGAAAACUGUAUUCCUAAUAACCAGCUAAGCAAACCAGAUGCACUGGUAAGGCUGGAACAAGACAUUAAAAAGUUAAAGGCUGACCUGCAGGCCAGCAGGCAAGUGGAACAAGAGCUCCGCAGUCAGAUCAGCUCCCUCUCUAGCACCGAGCGGGGGAUCCGCUCAGAGAUGGGCCAGCUUCGGCAGGAGAACGAGCUGCUGCAGAACAAGCUACAUAAUGCUGUGCAAGUGAAGCAAAAAGACAAACAGAACAUCAGCCAGUUGGAAAAAAAGCUAAAAGCUGAGCAGGAAGCCCGAAGCUUUGUAGAAAAGCAGUUAAUGGAAGAGAAAAAGAGGAAGAAGUUAGAAGAAGCUACUGCUGCCCGGGCUGUUGCAUUCGCUGCUGCGUCCAGGGGAGAGUGCACCGAAACCUUACGGAAUCGGAUCAGAGAAUUGGAGGCAGAGGGUAAGAAGCUCACAAUGGACAUGAAGGUGAAAGAAGACCAGCUCAGAGAACUAGAGCUGAAAGUCCAGGAGCUUCGGAAGUAUAAGGAAAAUGAGAAGGACACGGAGGUGUUAAUGUCAGCUCUCUCCGCCAUGCAAGAUAAAACACAGCACCUGGAGAACAGCCUGAGCGCAGAAACGAGGAUCAAGCUCGACCUGUUCUCCGCACUGGGGGACGCCAAGCGGCAGCUCGAGAUUGCCCAAGGACAAAUUCUUCAGAAAGACCAGGAAAUCAAGGACCUAAAACAGAAGAUAGCCGAAGUCAUGGCCGUCAUGCCCAGCAUAACGUACAGUGCCGCCACCAGCCCCCUGAGCCCGGUUUCCCCCCACUACUCUUCCAAAUUUGUGGAGACCAGCCCCUCUGGACUCGACCCCAACGCCUCUGUUUACCAGCCCAUGAAGAAGUGAAGACCAGCUGUGUUUCACCCAACAGUGUGGUCACCAGAAGGCAUUGCGAAGAAGCAUCUCUGGCAGUCAAGAUAACAAAAAGUUUAUAUUGUAUUUUGUGGGACUGUAUAUGUUGUCAUUUUUAAAAAGGGGGGAAGAUAACUCCACAUCUGAUUAGAACUGCCCAUCAGUUUUUCUUGUAAAUUUUUAGAAGACCUCACAGAACUUUGCAGUUUAUUUUUCUCGGCCAAUGCAUUAAAACAUUCUUGGAUUUCAA